AUGGGUAGCACGUUUGCUGCCUACACUGCUGCACACGGCGACGCUGAAAAGCAAAAAUGUGCUCAAGCACCGCAACGUAUCGCCGUCACUACCGAUAUGCACAAGGUCCUGUUCAUGCCUUCGAGACUCAACACCACGACCUCCAUCAAGGUUGUCAGCGUGCCACUUGGCGACAGCAAGGGCGGUUUGCCAGGCACAACGCUUGUGUUGGAUGAAGCUACGGGUGGUCUUCAAACUGUGAUGAACGCUGCUGCGUUGACCGCUGUUCGCACUGCUGCUGGAUCGGCAUUGGCUACGCAAUAUUAUGCAAAGGAAGACGCCAAAUCCCUGGUGGUCCUUGGCGCCGGCGCACAGGGUCGUGCUCAUAUUGACAUGGUUGUUGCCGUUCGCCCAAGCAUCCAAAACGUAACGAUUUGGAACCGCGGACAAGAACGUCGGGACCAACUUGUUCGGGAAAUCCAGGCGGCUUACCCGAACCUGACUGUCAAGGGAGCUGGCAAUGACGCUGAAUUGGAACCAGCAGCUCGUGAUGCCGAUAUUGUGUGCACUUGCACCAACGCCACCCAGCCCAUUUUGCGAGGCGAAUGGCUCAAGGAGGAUGUUCAUUUGAACUGCGUGGGCUCAUACCGACUGGAUAUGCACGAGAUCGAUGCUCAAUGUGUAAAGCAGACGGAUAAAAUCCUUGUCGAUUCGGUGGAGGCUUGUACGGCCGAGUCGGGAGAACUCGUCGCGUCCUCAACCCCCGAAAAGUGGACAGAACUGGGCAAGAUUGUGAUUGAGAAUCAAGACGCUAAGGCAGACAGUGCCAAGCGCACGCUGUUCAAAAGUGUGGGUAUCAGUGUCCAAGACAGCGCCAUUGCUGGAUUGAUGGCCAAGCGUGCUGCUGAUGCCAACUUGGGAUCUGUCGUCCCAUAUUAG